AUGUCGAAAUCUGACUUUCGACUCAACUCGAACUUUCUGCCGAAAUCGGACUUUCGACUCAACUCGAACUUUCUGCUGAAACCGGACUUUCGGCUCAACUCGAACUUUCUGCCGAAAUCGGACUUUCGGCUCAACUCGAACUUUCUGCCGAAAUCGGACUUUCGACUCAACUCGAACUUUCUGCCGAAAUCGAACUUUCGACUCAACUCGAACUUUCUGCCGAAAUCGGACUUUCGACUCAACUCGAACUUUCUGCCGAAAUCGGACUUUCGACUCAACACGAACUUUCUGCCGAAAUCGGACUUUCGGCUCAACUCGAACUUUCUGUCGAAAUCGGACUUUCGACUCAACUUUCUGCCGAAAUCGCUUUCGAAAUCUGCCCCAAAUCGGACUUUCAACUCGAACUUUCUGCGAAAUCGAACUCGAAACUUUUCUGCCGAAAUCGGACUUUCGACUCAACUCGAACUUUCUGCCGAAAUCGGACUUUCGACUCAACUCGAACUUUCUGCCGAAAUCGAACUUUCGACUCCUCUCAGAACUUUCUGCGAAAAUCGGACUUUCGACUCAACUCGAACUUUCUGCCGAAAUCUUUCGAAUCGGACUUUCGAACUUUCAAAAUCGGACACGAACUUUCUGCCGAAAAUCGGACUUUCGACUCAACUCGAACUUUCUGCCGAAAUCGGACUUUCGACUCAACUCGAACUUUCUGCCGAAAUCGGACUUUCGACUCAACUCUUUCUGCCCCACUUUCGACUCAACUCGAACUUUCUGCCGAAAUCGGACUUUCGACUUUCGAACUUUCAAAUCGACUUUCGAACUUUUCUGCCGAAAUCGAACUUUCGACUCAACUCAACUUUCUGCAAAAUCGGACUUUCUCAACUCGAACUUUCUGCCGAAAUCGGACUUUCGACUCAACACAACUUUCUGCCGAAAUCAGACUUUCGGUCAACUCGAACUUUCUGCCGAAAUCGGACUUUCGACUCAAUUCAACUUUCUGCCGAAAUCGGACUUUCGACCAAUUCGAACUUUCUGCGAAAUCGAACUUUCGACUCUCCGAACUUUCUGCCGAAAUCGGACUUUCGACUCAACUCGAACUUUCUGCCAAAUCGAACUUUCGACUCAACUCGAACUUUCUGCCGAAAUCGAACUUUCAACUCAACUCUGCAAAAAUCGGACUUUUCGACUCAACUCGAAAUUUCUGCGAAAACGACUCAACUCAACUCGAACUUUCUGCCGAAAUCGGACUUUCGACUCAACUCAGACUUUCUGCCGAAAUCGGACUUUCGACUCAACUCGAACUUUCUGCCGAAAUCGAACUUUCGACUCAAAAAAUCGGACUUUCGACUCAACUCGGCUCGAACUUUCGGCCGAAAUCGGACUUUCGACUCAACUCGAACUUUUCUGCCGAAAUCGGACUUUCGACCCAAUUCGAACUUUCUGCCGAAAUCGGACUUUCGACUCAACUCGACUCAACUCGAAUUUCGGACUUUCGAAAUCGAACUUUCUGCCGAAAUCGGACUUUCUGAACUUACGCUCGGACUUUCUGCCGAACUCGAACUUUCUGCCGAAAUCGGACUUUCGACAACUCGAACUUUACCGAAAUCGGACUUUCGACCAAUUUCACUUUCGACUCAACUCCAACUUUCUGCCCCGAUCGGACUUUCAGCUCAACUCCAACUUUCUGCCGAAAAUCGACUUUCGACUCAACUCAGACUUUCUGCCGAAAAAUCGGACUUUCGACUCAACUCGAACUUUCUGCCGAAAUCGGACUUUCGACUCAACUCGAACUUUUCUGUCGAAAUCGGACUUUCGACUCAACUCGAACUUUCUGCCGAAAUCGGACUUUCGACUCAAUUCUCGAACUUUCUGCCGAAAUCGGACUUUCGAACUUUGAGGUCGAAAUCGGACUUUCGACUCAACUCCGAAUUUCUGCCGAAAUCGGACUUUCGACUCAACUCGAACUUUCUGCCGAAAUCGGACUUUCGACUCAACUCGAACUUUCUGCCGAAAUCGAACUUUCGACUCAACUCGAACUUUCUGCCGAAAUCGAACUUUCGACUCAACUCGAACUUUCUGCCGAAAUCGAACUUUCGACUCAACUCGAACUUUCUGCCGAAAAUCGACUUUCGACUCAACUCGAACUUUCUGAAAUCGGACUUUCGACUCAACUCGAACUUUAGCCCGAAAUCGGACUUUCGACUCAAUUCAAACUUUCUGCCGAAAUCGGACUUUCGACUCAACUCGAACUUUCUGCCGAAAUCGGACUUUCGACUCAACUCGAACUUUCUGCCGAAAUCGGACUUUCGACUCAACUCCGAACUUUCGGCCGAAAUCAGACUUUCGACUUUCUUUCGACUCAACUCGAAUUUUCUGCCGAAAUCGGACUUUCGACUCAACUCCCCAACUUUCUGCGAAAUCGGACUUUCGACUCGAAUCUCGAACUUUCUGCCGAAAUCGGACUUUCGACUCAACUCAAACUUUCUGCCGAAAUCGGACUUUUCGACUCAAACACUUUUCGGCCCAAAUCGGACUUUCGACUCAACUUCGAACUUUCUGCCGAAAUCGGACUUUCGACUCAACUCAACUUUCUGCCGAAAUCGGACUUUCGACUCAACUCGAACUUUCUGCCGAAAUCGGACUUUCGACUCAACUCGAACUUUCUGCCGAAAUCGGACUUUCGACUCAACUCAGACUUUCUGGUCGAAAUCGGACUUUCGACUCAACUCUUUUUCUGCCGAAAUCGAACUUUCGACUCAACUCGAACUUUCUGCCGAAAUCGGACUUUCGACUCAACACGAACUUUCUGCCCCGUCGGACUUUCGACUCAACUCGAACUUUCUGCCGAAAUCGGACUUUCGACUCAACUCGAACUUUCUGCCGAAAUCGGACUUUUUCGACUCAACACGAACUUUCUGCCGAAAUCGGACUUUCGACUCAACUCGAACUUUCUGCCGAAAUCGGACUUUCGGCUCAACUCGAACUUUCUGCCGAAAUCGGACUUUCGAAUCAACUCGAACUUACGGCCCCGAAAUUCGACUCAACUCGAACUUUCUGCCGAAAUCACUUUCGACUCAACUCGAACUUUCGGCCCAAAUCAACUCGCUCAGAAAACUUUCUGCCGAAAUCGGACUUUCGACUCAACUCGAACUUUCUGCCGAAAGACUCGGACUUUCGACUCAACUCGAACUUUCUGCCGAAAUCGAACUUUCGACUCCAACCGACUUUAGGUCGAAAUCGGACUUUCGACUCAAGCUCAAACUUUCUGCGAAAUCGGACUUUCGACUCAACUCGGGACUUUCGGUCGAAAAUCGAACUUUCGACUCAAUUCGAACUUUCUGCCGAAAUCGACUUUCGACUCAACUCGAACUUUCUGCCGAAAUCGGACUUUCGCUCAACACGAACUUUCUGCCGAAAUCGAACUUUUUGUCGACUCAACUCGAAUUCGAACUUUCUGCCAAAAUCGGACUUUCGACUCGCUCGAACUUUCUGCCGAAAUCGGACUUUCGACUCAACUCGAACUUUCUGCCGAAAUCGGACUUUCGACUCAACUCGAACUUACUUUCUGCCGAAAUCGGACUUUCGACUCAACUCGAACUUUCUGCCGAAAUCGGACUUUCGACUCAACUCGAACUUUCUGCCUCAAAACGGACUUUUCUGCCGAAAUUCGGACUUCGAACUGUCGAAAUCGGACUUUCGACUCCGUCGAACUUUCUGUCGAAAUCGGACUUUCGACUCAACUCUAACUUUCUGCCGAAAUCGGACUUUCGACUCAAUUCGAACUUUCUUACGAAAUCGAACUUUCGACUCAACUCGAACUUUCUGCCGAAAUCGAACUUUCGACUCAACUCGAACUUUAGGUCGAAAUCGAACUUUCGACUCCUCGAACUUUAG